UAUUUCGUGGAAGCGGGAGCAUUGGAUGGUGAGUACCUCUCCAACACCCUGCGUCUGGAGAGGGAGCAAGGAUGGACUGGACUCUUGGUGGAGCCUGACAUGGACAACUACAAGCAACUGUUAAAGACCAACCGCAAGGCAUGGACGAGUCCGACCUGCCUGGCUUUGAAAGACUAUCCCGAAACUGUCGUGAUUGCAAAAAUGAGGAACCUGAGACCUCAGAUAAAUUGGCUUUGGAGAGCCACUACGUAUAUUCGGACGGAAGAACGCGAUCAUCCACAAUACUCGGAGGCCAAAUCCGUUACGCAGUACGACACCGCCCACUGCCCAGUGCGUCCCUGCGCGAUCCCUGUUCCUGGCGCUCAACGUGAGCCACGUGGACUUCUUCAGCUUGGACAUCGAGAUGACUGAAGAGGCGGUGCUCAAAGUUUUCCCUUAUCAAGAUGUUACGGUGGACGUGUGGGCAAUCGAACACAGGGUACCAGG